AUGUCAGUCAAGCGGGUCCUGGUUAUUGCGGGAUCUGACAGCUCUGGUGGCGCUGGCCUCGAAGCCGAUCAAAGAGUGCUUGCAGCCCAUGGCUGCUAUGCCCUCACUGCCACGACGGGGCUGACGGCACAAAACACCCUGGGCGUGCAAGACAUUUUCGUCGUUCCCUCGGAGUUUGUGAGGAAGCAGAUCAAUGCUGGCCUCGAGGAUGUCGGUGCCGAUGUCGUGAAACUGGGAAUGCUUUCAUCUGCCGACACCAUCGAUGUCAUUGCAGAGACAUUACAGGCUCAUCGAGAUCCGCCCAUUGUGCUCGACCCGGUCAUGGUGUCGACCAGUGGAUCACAACUGCUCCCCGAAAAAGCAGUCAAGGAACUCCGCACAAAACUACUCCCUCUCACCACCAUCCUUACCCCCAACAUUCCCGAAGCUCAACUCCUCCUAAAAGACUCUGGGGCAGAUGUCCCCGAACCAACAAACCGCGACGAACUGAUCCAGCUCGCCAAGCGAAUCUGUUCACUGGGCCCGAAAGCCGUCCUGCUCAAGGGCGGGCAUCUCCCGCUCACCAAAGAUCACAAGACGGCCAAGACCCCGGAAGAAGCAACUACGGUUGUCGAUAUCCUUUUCGACGGAAAGUCUGUCACAUUAUUCGAGACGGAAUACUUGGUUUCCCGCAACACUCACGGCACGGGCUGCUCACUUGCCUCCGCCAUUGCGGCAAACCUGGCAAUGGGCAAGAACAUGACGCGAGCUGUUCGCGGUGCCGUGCGGUUCGUUGAGGCGGGCAUCAAGACAAGCGUGGACCUAGGCAAGGGAAGUGGACCAAUUAACCAUUUCCACUCGAUUUACACGAUGCCAUUUGUACCUGGGCGUUUCCUUGAAUAUAUCUUGGAUCGUUCGGAUGUUCAGCGCGUAUGGGAACGGUUCACUUACCAUGAGUUUGUCGAGGGCAUAGGCCAAGGCACCCUCCCUCUUGAGCGGUUCAAAGAGUAUCUCGUUCAAGACUAUCUUUACUUGGUCCAAUUUGCCCGAAGCAACGCAUUAGCGUCGUACAAGGCCAAGAGUAUGGAUUCAAUAGCAGCGUCGGCCCAAAUUGUGCUACACAUUCAACAAGAAAUGGCAUUGCAUCUCGACUACUGUGCCUCUUUCGGUCUCUCCAAGCAGGAAAUGGAAGAUCACCCGGAAACCAUCGCAUGCACUGCGUAUAGCCGAUACAUCCUCGAUGUGGGUCAAUCCGAAGAUUGGCUCGCACUGCAAAUGGCCCUGGCACCAUGCUUGAUCGGCUACGGUGCCAUUGCGAGGCGUCUCUACACCGAAGAAGGGACCCUUCGACAAGGAAAUCAGUACUGGAAGUGGAUUGAAAACUAUGUCGCCGAGGACUAUACUGAAGCCGUGCGACUGGGGUCUGCAUUGUUGGAGGAGCACAUGCAACAAGUAUCACCAAGCCGCAUGGAAGAACUUAUCCGAAUCUUUAUCCGAGCUACAGAGCUAGAGAUCAGCUUCUGGGACAUGGGACUCGGUGGCAAUGGAGCAUGA